AUGGUAGACGAACCAAGAGCAGUGCCUAAAAUGUCCUUAGCCAGAAUGUUCCCGGGAGCUACCACGGAAGAAAUUAAAAAAACUUUAGCUUCCGGGGGCUAUGGACUAAUUGCUUUACCUAUAGCUAAACAUUUCUUCGAUCGGUAUCAGUAUCGGUGGUUUGAACCUCACGAGGAUGAUUUUAUUAGCCAAUUUAAGACUAAUACUAUUAGCGUAAUAGCUGAGCAGAGUAAUCAAAAAAACAUUCCUACUUUCGCUAAUGUGGACUUAACUUCCGGCAAUUAUGGCGGCUUUUCUCGGCAACAACAAUUAAGCACCCAAAGCCAAGAGCAAGGGCAAGGAAGCCGAACCUCUAACCGUAACAGCACCACCGCUAAGCAAAAUCACUCUAAUAAAGAAUACAUGCGAGCUAACAAGGAUGCGAAUGUCUCCACCAUUACCCAAGAUAGUUAUGCUUUGGCCGACAUUCUAAAAAGCCGAUUAUUAGGGAACUUUGAAUUCACUAUCAUUAAAUUAAGCGAUUAUUAUCCGUUGUUUAAUAAGCUGUUUAUUAAAAUGUUCGGCUGCUCGGUAGUCCCG